GCUACCUAACCCCUGCAUACAAACUGAUACAACAGAGCGAACAGAAAGCAACAUUGAAAAACAGUGCCUCAUUAUUUAGUUUCCAAAUGGAUCGUACAAUGUAUACUAAAGAAUGGAAACAUGCACUGGAUGAACUGCCUUUUAAAGAUAUAGACCAGAUUGUGACAACACUACUUGGUCAUGAUAAUGGCAGCACAGUUUCGGAAGUGCAUGCAUUAAUAGAACAAAAAGGAACUGAUUAUAUGGAUGGUAGAUUAAAACAACUUGGUUUUACUGAUAGUCUAGUGCGGUCACAUAUAAUAGGACGUCUUGAGUUAAACUCCCUGAAAAGUGAAUGCAAAGAUAAAAUUAGUGUCAGUGAUAUUAAGAAUUUUAUAAGAACAAAGCGCACAUAUCUACAUCCUGAAGAUAGAAGACUGAUAGAGGCAGUAGUAACACAUGUGAUUAAUGAGGUUCCAUCAGAAGCAUUAUCAAAUGCAGAAGUAAUCUGUGAGAGUGACAGAAUCUGUAUUGUCUUCUAUUGUGGAAACGAGAAAAAUUCCUACAAAGUGAAGCGGAGAGACGGAAAAGAUAUUUUUAUAGUUGAGAAUGAGGAAAAGUUACGCUGGCCACAAAUUGAAUGCCAAGGUUCAAUUAGUGUCAGUGAUAUUGAGCAUUUUAUAAAGGUCAAUCACAAGUAUUUACAUCCUGAAGACAUAAAACUGUUACAGGCAGCAGUAACAAAUGUAAUUAAAGAGGUUCCAUCAGAAGCAUUAUCAAAUGGAGAGGUAAUCUGUGAAAGUGAAAGAAUCUAUAUUGUCUUCUAUUGUGGAGACAAAGAAAAUACCCACUAAGUGAAGCAGGAAGAAGGGAAAAAUAAAUUGGAAGUUAUAAAAUGUCGUCCAAAUAUGUCUCCAAAGGGCGAUGGCUCUGCUGGAGCUGGUGCAGUUACAAAACUAGGUGUGGGUGUUGGUACAGGCGCGGUAGUUGGUGCAAUUGGUGGUGGCAUAGUAGCUGGGCUACCUGGUAUUGCAGCUGGAGCAGCUAUUGGAGGCACCGCUGGAUUAGCUUUGGGAUGUACACUUGUACCUGAAUCUGCUGUUGGAAGAAUGUCCCUUGGUACAGCAGCAUGUGCUGUA